AUGAGUGGUCUCGCUACUAAGCAACAGUCGCUCAAGUUAUUUGAGAAGCUCAAGUCGAAGCCUGCGAAUAAGAUAUGCUUUGACUGCGGCCAAAAGAACCCGACCUGGACUUCAGUGCCCUUCGGUAUCUAUCUGUGUCUGGACUGCUCGUCCAACCACCGAAACCUAGGCGUUCAUAUCUCCUUUGUACGAUCGACCAACUUGGACCAAUGGCAAUGGGACCAGUUGCGUUUGAUGAAGGUGGGUGGCAAUGAAUCAGCCACCAAGUUCUUCCAGCAAAACGGAGGAACUGCGGCAUUGAACAGCAAAGACCCCAAGACGAAAUACCAGUCCAAUGCGGCCACAAAGUAUAAAGAUGAGCUUAAGAGACGGGCUGCUCGCGAUGCUAAAGAAUACCCCGGCGAAGUUGUCAUGACCGACGGCGCCGACGAUGGCUCCUCAACUCCUGCAGGAGAGCCUGACGACGAUUUUUUCUCUUCGUGGGAUAAGCCCGCCAUCAAGCGACCUACGCCGCCCCUCUCGCGAACGGCGACCCCUCCCGUCGUUGGCCGAACUCCCUCACCGUUCUUGAACGCUGGCAAUGGCAAUGGAAAGGACACUCCUCGACCAGCGUCAUCUCUCGCCAAGUCCGACUCUACCGGUGAAUCAAAGCCUGCCGCCAGCCGCCUUACUACGUCCGCUGCCCUCCGCAAGACUACGACCGCAGGCGGUCCCAAGAAGCUCAAUGUGCUUGGGGCUAAGAAGACCCAAAAACUUGGCGCAAAAAAAGUCGCCGGUGACUCCAUUGACUUUGAUGAAGCCGAGAAAAAGGCAAAGGAGGAGGCCGAGAGAAUUGCUAAGCUAGGGUACGACCCGGAAGCCGAGGACGAGCCUACUAAAGAUGCUCCGGGGGCCGCUACCAUUCUGUCACCUACUCCUGUGAGCCCUCCCAGAUCCGGCACCAGCUCUCAUACUCGUCAAAAGUCGAACGCCGAAGUCGAAAGACUGGGAAUGGGUGUUGCACGUCUGGGAUUUGAUGACUCGAACAGCUACGCACGAAACAAGUUUGGCGCUCAGAAGGGCAUUUCGUCCGAUGAAUACUUCGGCAAGGGAUCGUUCGAUCCCAAUGCCCAGGCAGAAGCCAAGUCUCGUCUGCAAGGAUUCGAGGGUGCAUCCGCCAUCUCCUCCAACGCCUACUUUGGACGACCUGAGGAAGAUAUCGAGGAAGAGUAUGGCGAUUUGGAAUCAGCCGCCAAAGAUUUCGUUCGCAAAUUCGGCAUCACCGCUAGUGACGACCUGGAAAAUCUUACAAACGUCCUUGGCGAAGGAGCUACCCGCCUGCAGGGCGCUAUUCGCAACUACCUCGGUAGUUGA